GUGACGUGAGCGGAAGUGGCGUCGCGGCACCGGAUGUGGGUGGGUCUGCCCCAAGCGAGCUUCCUAAAGCAAGCGAACCAAGCUGGCGCCUUUUGCGAUGGAGACGGUCACUUCUUCAGAUAGCUCCCUAGCUCUGGAAAAUGAUCAUCCUCAAGAGACCCCAGAAUCCAACAAUAGCGUGUAUACUUCCUUCAUGAAGUCCCAUCGCUGCUAUGACCUGAUUCCUACAAGCUCCAAAUUGGUUGUAUUUGAUACUUCCUUGCAGGUGAAGAAAGCUUUCUUUGCUUUGGUGACCAAUGGUGUACGAGCUGCCCCUUUGUGGGAUAGUAAGAAGCAAAGUUUUGUGGGCAUGCUGACCAUCACUGAUUUCAUCAAUAUCCUACACCGCUACUAUAAAUCAGCCUUGGUACAGAUCUAUGAGCUAGAAGAACACAAGAUAGAAACUUGGAGAGAGGUAUACCUACAGGACUCCUUUAAGCCACUUGUCUGCAUUUCUCCUAAUGCCAGCUUGUUUGAUGCUGUCUCUUCAUUAAUUCGAAACAAGAUUCACAGGCUGCCAGUAAUUGACCCAGAAUCAGGCAACACCUUGUACAUCCUCACCCACAAGCGCAUCUUGAAGUUCCUCAAGUUGUUUAUCACUGAGUUCCCCAAGCCAGAUUUCAUGUCUAAGUCUCUGGAAGAGCUACAGAUUGGCACCUAUGCCAAUAUUGCUAUGGUCCGCACUACCACCCCUGUCUACGUGGCUUUGGGCAUCUUUGUACAGCAUCGAGUCUCUGCCCUGCCAGUGGUGGAUGAGAAAGGGCGUGUGGUGGACAUCUACUCCAAGUUUGAUGUUAUCAAUCUGGCAGCAGAAAAGACCUACAACAACCUAGAUGUAUCUGUGACUAAAGCCCUGCAACAUCGAUCACACUACUUUGAGGGUGUUCUCAAGUGCUACCUGCAUGAGACUCUGGAGACCAUCAUCAACAGGCUAGUGGAAGCAGAGGUUCACCGACUUGUAGUGGUGGAUGAGAAUGAUGUGGUCAAGGGAAUUGUGUCACUGUCUGACAUCCUGCAGGCCCUGGUGCUCACAGGUGGAGAGAAGCAGCCCUGAGCUGGAGAAAGGGGCCAGACAGCAGUAGGGAAUGUGCUCCACUCACUGCCUGCUGAAGCUCUGGGGAAUCAGAUGAAACUUAGGAGAAUUAUGACUCUGUUCCCUGCUCAGGAGCCCCUUGACCCUUAUAUCUGGGAACUAGAGGAGGCAUGGGGGAGGAAGGAGAAUGGAUUUAUAGCUGCACUUACCCUCACACAUACACUUGAAAAUUCAGCUUAGCCAAUCCUAGCUCCUGUCCUCUUGGAUAUAGCCCCCUUUCUGGGUGAACUAGGGGUGUGCCACUCAGGCGGAUUCUGAUCUCCAAGGAGCCCAGACCUCAGCCUGCCUUUGCCUCCAUCUCUGCCCUGGCUCUGCCCUAAGAUAAUAGCACAACAAGAGAUUCAUAAAGAUCUUUUUAUUCAGCCUGUUUCAUGCUAUAUGGAGGAGGCCAAGUCCAUUUAGUGACAUUUCUUCCUACGAUGUAAGUGGGGAAGGUUGUGGACUUUGGCUUCCUGUGCUGUGUGUAUGUGAAGGGAGAUGGGGGUUAGGUGGAGGAGGAGGGCAGUGGUUAGCUAAGAUUAUUGUUUUUCAUAGCAAACCUAAUUAAAUGACAAGAAUCUCUUUGUGGUA